ACCUUCGAACCCACUUGAGCUGCUUUUCUUCUCCUUUGAUUCUUCUCUCCCGCCGUCCGAUCCUUUUCCUCAGAUAUUCCGGCAACAAGACGUUUCUGGAAAUAAAAAAUAAGACUGUUUUUAGCAAUGGGAAAGCGAGGGAAGAGCCAGAAGAAAGACAUGAGAAACCCUAAGAGAAGACAUCGUGAUGAUGUUGUUCACCCUGAAGACAUGGACGAUGAGAUUGAUACAUUUCACAAGCAGAGAGAUAUUAUACCACUCGAUAUAAAUGGGGAUGUAGAGGACUCAGAUGAAGAUAACGAGCAUCCUGUUUUUGAUCUUCAGGGUAUCAAUGAUGGUGAGCAUGAUGAUGAUGAAGAGGAAGAUGAAGACGAUGAUGAUGCCCACAUUUCUGGGUUUGCUGCCAAACUUGCAAGGCAACAAAAGUAUCUUCGAGCAAAAUAUGGUGGAGUUGAGGAUGAAAUGCAUGAUGAAGAAGAUGAAGAUGAGAAAGAUAAGAAAGCUUUAUGGGGAGGGCUAAAGAGUGAUUAUUAUCAUGGUGAUAACCGUAAUUUUGAGCUACAAUCAAGUGAUGAUGAGUCUCCUGCUGAAGAGGAAGAAGAGGUCUUGAGAAUGCAGAGGGAAAAGGCAAAAUAUUUAUCAACGGAAGACUUUGUUCCUGAAGAUAUUAGUGAAAAUGAGAGUGAGAAGGAGCCAACCUUUGAGGAAAUUUCAGCAAAAGGAAAAGGUAGAAAAAAAUCUCAAGCUAUCGACAAACCUGUGGAUGGUGAGGUUACGACUUUUGAGAAGGUCAAGAAAGAUCUGAAUGCUUUGUCAAAUGAGGAGCAGAUGGAUGUUGUAUAUAGUUCUGCUCCAGAAUUAGUUGGUUUAUUGUCAGAGCUGAAUGUUGCAUUUGAAGAGCUUGAAAACAAAGUUAACCCUCUUUUAAGAAAGGCAAAAGAGGGGGGACCCUCUCUGGAAGGUGGGAUGCGCUAUUUGGAGGUGAAGCAGCUGCUUUUGCUGGCAUAUUGCCAGGCUAUAGCAUUUUAUCUUCUUCUCAAGUCUGAAGGGCAACCAGUUCGUGAUCAUCCUGUUUUAAGUCGUAUUGUUGAGAUCCAAGGUUUAUUGGAUAAGAUGAAACAACUUGAUGGAAAUCUUCCUUCUGAAUUGGAGGAGAUUCUGACAAAAAACUAUGGGGCUGAGAAAGGACCAAAAUUGGUUAAAGAGAAAGCUGGACCAUUAUCCUUCACAAAGGACCAUGUGCCUUCACCAGCUACUGCUGCACCAGAGGCAAAGCUUCAAGAAAUAACUAACUUUGGAAAAGUAGAGUCUACAAGGGACCAGGACAACAAGGUUGAGAAACCUAAGCAUCAGAAUGAUCAAAUCAGUGUCCAAAGCAAGGAAAUGUUGAAAAUAAGAGCUGCUCUUGCAGAAAAAUUAAAGCAGAAUGGAGUUCUUAAUUCCAUUACCUCAAAGCCUGAUAAAGCCAAAAGACACGUGAAACCAUUGAAUGGACAGCUAGAAACACAUGAUGAUUUUGGUGACGAUGCUAUGAAUGUUGAGCAACGCAGCAACAAUUUGAGUAAUGGGCAGGAUAGCUCACUGUACCCUGCUAAACUUUCUCAACUUGUUACUGUGAAACAGAAGAAGGCCAAGGUUGUCUCUGGUGAUGAUGAUUUACCUAAGAGAGAUGACAUUGGAGAAAGGAGAAGAAAACAUGAGCUCAAAGUUCUUGCAGGAGCUGGAAUUAAAUCUGAGGGUGAUGCUGAAGAUGAAUUAGGCACUCUCCAAGAAGAUGGAGAUGCUGAUGUGGAGGAUGGUGAUACAGAAGAUUCAGAAGAUGACCUUUAUGAACAAGUAAGGCAACAGAGAGCUGCAAAACUUGCUGCAAAAGCUGAGAUGUAUUCAAGGAACUCAGCAACCCCAUCCUUGCCUGAAACUGUUGAUGGAAAACGACAGAUCACUUACCAGAUGGAAAAGAACAGAGGUUUGACGCGUAGACGCAAGAAGCUGACUAAAAACCCAAGGAAGAAAUACAGGGUUCAGCAUGAACAAGCAGUGAAACGCAGGAAAGGCCAGGUCCGGGAUAUCAGGAAACCUACAGGCCAAUACGGAGGAGAAGCCACUGGUAUCAAUGCUGGGAUCAGUAGGAGCACUCGGUUCAAGAACUGAAUUUUCUCAUUCUGCUUUUUCUACUUGAUGAUAUGAUUACCAGAGACUCCUUUCCCCUUGUAUCUUGGAACAGCUUCUACCAUUUUUGGGUUAAUUACAGUUGAGGUUCCUCAAAAUAUAAUGUAUUAAUUAUUAAUUAGAUAAAAAGUUAAGUGCAUA